AGGCGCUCGAUGAUGACGUCAUCAUUCGGCGCCACACCCCCACCCUCUCCUCGUUCGCCUCUGCCGGUACCGGUUGGAGCCCGAGCGCCGCUGGCCCGCACAUGCGCAUAGCAGCGCUUGAGCUCAGGCCCGGGCCCCGCUCGGGCCCGGGACACCUGUCCCCGGUAGCGGCGGCCACUCGGGCCGGGACCAUGGGCAGCGCGGCCUGUUCCUUCCUGGAAAUUCAGCAGAAAGUUUGCAUUCAUAGGUUGCUGAAUCUUUUCCAUAUUAAUGGAUGACAUUUGGUAUGUGCACUGCAAAUCCUGCUCUGGGACUCUGUGAACUGUGGGGUGCCUGAUGCCUGUAAUCCCCAUUCCCCGCCGUGUCCGUUCUUUCCACGGCCCCCACACAACAUGUCUGCAUUCAGCCUGUGGCCCAGUAAGGACCACUCACUUGGUGCGCACCAAAUACAACAACUUCGACAUCUAUCUGAAAUCCCGAUGGAUGUAUGGAUUCAUUCGUUUCCUGCUGUACUUCAGCUGCAGCCUGUUUACCUCCAUCCUCUGGGUGGCGCUCUCUAUCUUGUUUUGCCUUCAGUACCUGGGCAUCCGGAUCUUUCUGCGUUUCCAGUACAAACUCUCCAUCAUCCUCCUCUUGUUGGGGCGAAGGCGGGUGGACUUCAGCCUCAUGAAUGAACUGCUCAUCUAUGGAAUUCACGUGACCAUGCUGCUAGUGGGGGGGCUGGGCUGGUGUUUCAUGGUGUUUGUGGAUAUGUAAAUAAAGUGAGCGCAUGUGGGCUCAGGAGGCGACUCUUACUCUACCCCAAAACCAAUGGAUCUCUCCUUUGCCUUUUUUUAAAUAUACAUUUAUUUAUCAGUGCUAGAUUUUGAUAAAUUCAUGUACCUGUCUCUGGAAUUGGGUUUAUUUUUUGGAGGGCUGGGUUGCUGCUUAAUUACAAUCCCUGAUUGCAAGUGGGCUACAUUCAAUUUUUGUUUGCACAGUGAAAACGACAUACGUUUCCUUUCAGUCCAUAGGAGUCUAGCCUGCUGAACUAUUCCAGUGGGCAUGGAAAGGGCAGUGAUUUAACUGGAGGAAGGAAGCCAAAUAAUUUUGCACCCUGCCCCUUUAAUCAUCGGUAUCCUCUUUCUAAAAAUGUUCAGUGAUGUCCUAUGCAAGUAAUAUAUAUUCCUAUCUACCCAGUCUUGUCCCUCGGUGUAUUCUGGACUUGCAUUAUCCUUUGCUAAACAUAUUGGGCCAAAUUCAUCAAUGAUUUCAGUAGACUUACACCAGCGAUGUAUUUAGACCAUUUUGAUAUUGUAUUUACCUCAGUCUGCAGCUUUGAUAGCUUUGAGCGGCUUACCCCUCUUUAGGCAUUUAGGGUGGGAUCUUCCAGAAUCACUUGGCACUGACAUAUCAUUCCCAUUUGAAGUAAUGGAAGCAGAGUUAGGCCCAGUGCUAAGUGCUUUUGAAAAUUCCACCCUCAGCAAAUAAACCACUGGAAAAUGAUAGGCCUAGAGUAACUCAUCUCCAUCUCUUCCUUAAUGCCUAACAUAUCUGGACCCGAUUCUGAUCUUUCUUACUUUGGGUUUACUCUAGUGUCUUCAUGGAAGUUACUCCUGAAUUGCACCAGUGCAAGUGAGAUCAGAUUAUGGUGUCCUUCAUCUAGGGGAACUUGAAAACUAACCAAAAUCUGAAAGUGCAGCAUUGUGAAUUCUUAAAUAUUAUAGAGGAAAUAUUCUGGCUUUGCCACCAGUUGUGGCAGUGGAAGAUCAAGUCAUUAGAAACUUUUUCUGAUGAUUUAAUAAUCGAGAGACAAGUUCUGAUCUCAGUCACACCGAUCUUAAUCUGGGGUGUUUCCCCUGAAAUCAAUUUACGCAUAACUGCAAGUGAGUUCAGAGCCUGGCCCAAAGUGUCUAUUCAGAGUUACCAGCAUUUACUCAAAACAAACUUAGAAUGUUGUCCCUUCCCCCAUUUUUCUGUAAGGAAUUGCAGAUUGAUUUCUUACAAGAAGGUUGGCUACAAAGACCAAGACCUGUUUCUGUUUUCAAACCAUUGUAAUUCAGUCCAUUGAAGUCAAUGGAGUCAUGCUGAUAUAAAGUUAAUGUAAGUGAGAUGAGAAUUAGGUCACUAAUGUAUUGAAAAGAACAUUUUUUGUGGUCCAGUAUUUGUAUUUCCUUCAGUAGGGUUACUUUAUAGGGUCCAAUACAUACUCAUAUGCAGAGGGGAAGGGUGCUUUUACAUUGCAGCUUGUGGGGACAGUGCCUUUUGGUGGUAGACAUUUGGUUUUGCAGAUUUGUAGAUGCAGAGUAGGGAUGCUUCUCUCUGAAGCCUUAAUCUAGAGCAAAACCAGAAAUUAUCUAUACAGUCUGAUAAUCCAAUAAUACAGUCUGACCACAGGGUGCUGAUUAAGGCUGGGUCCUGGCAGAAUAAAUCUUAGAUCAGCACUGCAGGAGCUGAGAGAUGUUUCUAUGGGAGCAAAGUGGUUAAUCAGUGUUGUGCCAUGAGCCAUGUUCUCUUGAUGCUCCUUGGUAGUUGCCAGAACUGUGCAUGUAACUGCUCCCCUUGGGCUUUGUUCUAGGAGAGUUCACCCAGCUGCUGUUUAUUACAUCUGCCGACCCAACCUGCCUCAUCACCCUUGCGUCUGAGCACCUUACACAUUCUUAUUUUGUUUUACUAAUAUCUUACAUUUAAGGCUAAGAUUUUGUCAUGGGUAUUUUUAGUAAAAGUCACAGACGGCCACAACUCACAGUGCUGUUGGGAUUUGCAGCUGCUCCAGCUCCGCCACUGCUCCUGGGAGGCUGACCCAACUCCGGCUGGCUGCCGGUCAGCUGUUCCGGCGGCCCUGGGGUUAGCCACUGGUCAACUGUUCCGGCAGCUGCGGUUUGAGCAGCCCCAAGGCUGACAGCUGCUCCAGCCCUGCCCCAGAAGAAGUCCUGGAGGUCCCGGAAAGUAAUGGAAUUUGCGACCUCCAUGACAGUAUCACUGCCUUAGUUAUAUUUCUUAUAUAUGAGUUUCUAGAAUUGCUGGGAGGGAGGGAGAUCUUCUGUGAUACUUCCAUUCCCCAAUCUUCCCACCCAAAACGGUGAGGCCCAGAUUCUAGGUUCCAGUGGGCAGACCCUUUCUAGCAAAGCUACAUCAGGUCUCUGGGGAGGGUGGGUCCCCAAAUGAGAUAACAAUGCCCUGUUAUCUCCAUUCUCCAUGCAGCUCCCAGCCUAAGGGUUGGAGCACUCUGGGCACUGACUAUCCUAGCCUCCCUGAUAAUUCAUAGGGAGCCACUGCAGGCAAUGGAAGUUACAGCAGCCAUGGAGCUGCUCUGACUAACGCUGGAGGCCCCAGCAGCCCCCAAACCAUCCAAAAUCCAAGAGGUGCAAAAGUCAGGUAAAGCCACUUGUGCUCCUAUGCCUGGCUGGCACAUCACAGAAUCUGGCUUUAAGUCAGGUGGAAACUCUUGGCAGAGGGGAUCUCUUUCAGAGCUUAUUUAAAUAACAGCCAAAAAGAGGUGUCAAUGGAGAGUUUAGUGGUGUGCUCUCUUGAUUUCCCCUCACCUGUUCCAACUUCCGCAUGAGCUAUCUACAGCGGUCCCAGUCCUUGUUGAUCUAGGGAGCCAGGCACCAAACAUGCACCCCUGUGUUUCAGUGCAUUGCAGUGUUCCUAAAGCACCUCUCUGGCCCUUUGUGUCCAAAAUUGGAUAUUACGUAUCAAGUGAAUGUCCUUCUAAAGUCAAGUUAAAAGGGUAAUGUUUAUCAAAUCAAGGAAAGGAGCAGGCCAACCAAGGAUAAAAGGUCACAUAAAAGAUUAAAUGUAGAUGAAAAUGGUGCCCUAUAUAUGAAAAUGAUCCCUCAAUUUGUUUCCUAUGCCCAAAUGUCUGCUGUCACAAUGCUCUAAAGCUUCACUUACCAAGACCUGACUUCAGGACUCUGUGAUUCUCCUGGAAAGGUGGAUAACUCAGAAGGCUGUAAAUGCAUGGUAUUAUUACAGCAGGCAAACAAGUAGCAAUAUUCCUGGGUUCUAUUCCCAGAUGUAUCACUGUAUUGCUGUGAGCUUGGGUAAGUCACUUAAACUGACUCAUUUUCCAUAUCUGUAAAAUGGGGAUAAUACCUACCUUCCUUUGUAAAGUGCUAGUGAUCUUUGGUUGAAAAGUACUAAAUACACAAAGGGAAAAAUAUUAUGUCACGGGCACUAAGCCAGUGCAAGACUUGUAUUCCUUACAAUGCAUAGGUGAUAGUGAUGUUAUCCGCUGCAGCUGGGGAAACAAUGACCUUUGAACACCAAUGUGGGCAGGUAAGAGGAAGAUGGAGUGGUUUUCAAAUAAUUUGUUUUAAAAUGUGUCAACUUGAACAUGAAUAGAAUAAUAUUUGGCACCUAUAUAGCACUUUUCAUCUUCAAAGUGUUUUACAAUCACUAGCUAAUUAAUCCUCACAACAUCCCUAGAAGGUUGCUGAAUAAGUAAGAUCUUGGUAACGAUUUGGGAUUGUAAUCAGUUUUUUUAAUACAGGGAUUUUGUUUUUAAGCUUUUAAGUUUACUUUUAAUUAAAGGUUUUUCUCGAGAAGUUGAGAUGUUCAAAGUGACCUACAAGUUCAAGGAGGUGAAGGCGGGAUGUGAGGGAGAAACCUGUUAACCAAGCCAAAGCUAUAUGAUGGACAGAGUGAACAACACAGUAAAGCGUGUGCUUUCAAUAAGCAAUUUGUUCUCAUAAAGCUUUCUUCAUUGCAAAAGUCCUUUCUUUAAAAAAAAAAAAUGGUCAGAACAGACCAAAUAAUAAAACGGGUAGAAGCUGGAAUUCAUUCCUAUGUCUUUAGGAGUCAGACAAAUAGCAAAUUAAUGUUAGUUGCCAGAAAUAUUUUAGCCUGAGCAGGUAUGUGCAAACCCUACUCCACUGUGGAAAUCAAUUUUCCCUUGGAUUUAUUCCUGUUUCCCAAACUCACUCAGAGAUGAGAGAGACAUGGUCAGAUUAAAAUAAUUAGACAAAAUUCAUUAUAUUACAAAUAACUAUAGAUAAUAAAACUGAAAUGAUUUGAAAAAUUUAAUCAACUUUUCACCAUUGGUGCUGUUUGCUUCACUUUUUCAAUUUCAUCUUGGACAAUGAGAAUAAACUGGUCACUUUCAUUUUUGUUUUUAGUUAGUUUUUCCUUAAUCCUGUCAUACUGCUUCUUUGGGCUAUAAAUACUGCAGAUUAAUGUUUAUUUGGUUUUAAAAAUGCUUCCAGGGGAAUUUUAAUAGAAACCAUAGAAGCAAGACAAAUAGAAAUACGUUUUAAUAGAGAGAGAUUAUUUUUACCAGACCUACAUAUUGGGCUGUAUUUGAUCUGACAAUGUCCCUUUGGGGCCCAAUCCUGCAGUCUUUGCACAUCCCAAACUCCCUUUGAUAUCUCCUUUUCAAGUCAUUGCAGGGUUCAGAUAUGCAGGGAAUGGAAGACCUUUAUGUUUUUGAAGCUGGAACUCCCAAUCUGUUACAGGAGACUUAAGGGCAAGGAUGAUUGCAUGUGUGGUAACAAAGUCGCAUUAGCUCUGCCCUUUAACUGAUGAAUGUACAAACUACAAUGCAAAGGGUUUGAUAUGCACCAUGUUAACCUUUUGAAACCCGGAUACAACUCAGCGUCUCAAGUGCCUGUUGAGUUCUUUAUGAAACGUGCCACCUUCAUUAAACAUUUUUUUUAAAUGUC